CAUAAUUUGUACCGUGAAAGAAUCGAAACAAUGAAUUUUAGGACCCAGUAGACUCCGCCCAGUUUGCUAUAUAUUCUGCGUUGCCAGCCUAUAUUUUAUUGAUAUUGGAUCCGGUUGAGUUUUUCUUUGGUUUGCAGAGUGAAAAUCAGCAGAAAAUCAUGUUGCAGGUAGCUGGAGCUGCAAUUUCAGCUGUAGGUAUGUCAACAGCUGCCUGGAUUGCAGCAGGAGCAGCUGUUACAGUGGUAGCUGCCCCAGUUGUGAUCACUGCAGCUGGCUUUACUGGUGCUGGAAUAGCAGCUGGAUCCUUAGCAGCAAAAAUGAUGUCCAUGGCUGCGAUCGCUAAUGGAGGAGGUAUAGCAGCUGGCAGUGCUGUAGCAACACUCCAGUCUAUUGGAGCCACAGGACUCUCUACUGCUGGUACUGCUGUAGUUGGAGGUGUUGGUGCUGUUGUCGGCCGAGCUGUAAUAGGUUUUUUUUUGGGUCGGUGUAACAAACCCUAAAGUCCACAUGCUGUUUUUAAAGUAGAAACUCUGCAAAAGUUAGGCAGCUCAUGAGGGUUAACUUGUGCAGGGGAUGAAGCAGCAUUUUGUGAUUUACCUCCUGAAUAUUCUGAGUGGAAAAUUUGCAACUGCUUUUAAUUUUAGUAGAGCCGGUUCUAUCCUUUUGCUACUGUUUAGAUGCCCUGUUAGUAAUCUUCUCAAUUACAUUGGAUUAAACAUUCUAUACUGUUGCAGCCCUGGAUGUUGGUUUCUGAGUGAAUAGAAACUUUCAGCUCUGUGACUACAUUUCAUAGAAAUGACCAAGUGUUCUGUGGAUGCUGGAAGUACACAGAUGAAGGGUUCUCAAAAUUCCCACAUUUUUCAUAUCAUCAUCAUCAUCAUCAACAAGGAUAUGACUUUUGGACUUUUACCUGAAACCAGACAACGAGAGGAGACAGAAUAUGCAUUCUUCCCUUUAAAGCAAUCAACCCAGAGAAAGACUUAACCUAAAUCCCAUCAAAAUCUUGCAUAAGUAAUUGCUACUAGCUACAGCGUGCGGGGUGGGGGGGAGGGGGGCAGGAAGACUACAAUCAAUGCAAUUAUGUGAACCCAUCAAUACUCCACACAUACAAUGGCUUUCAGUUCAACACUGCAGCCCUCCACGAAGAUCAACCGCGCCCUCCACCCAACUGAAGAACCUUUGCAGAUUUCACAGACCAAGACCACGUGGGGACGGCAGGCCCCAGAGGACACGAAGAGUGUACCCCAAAACUGCAAUCGGCUUACCUGGCUGGAUUUCUGGCUGGAUUUCAAACUUUCAAGAAAACCCUGGUUGGUGAGCAUGAUCCCUGACCUCUCCUAGUUCAGUUUAGUUAGGUUUUGGGGUGGGACAAGGGUAAGGGGAUUAGUAGUGUGAUUUUUCCCUCGUUAUGCCAUGUGUUUCCCAUUCUUAACUAAGUGUACUUUGUAGGUCUGUAUAAUCUCAGUGUAAUCCUAAUGUUAUAAAUUCAUUUGUGACUUCAAUAAACUCAGUUUCUUUUUCUUGCACCAAAACCUGCUGCACUUUGUCACAACCCCCAAAUAAGUACAAGGUCUAGAACCCAGGGAGGGGGAGCAAUUCAAACCGCUCAGAAGUCAGGUGAAGCUGACACACACCACCAUCCCCUGCACAGAACAUAAUACCAAUGCAGUUAAAUUUUACCACAAUUUUUUAAAGUGCUCCUUAAAAUGUACCUCCUUUGAUCAAGCUGUUUCAAUGUCUAAAUAUCAAGUAGUGCCUGAUUAAUGCAGUUGUGAAGCCACAUGGGAUGCUUUUUUCCAUUAAAAGUGUUCUAAGUGCAA